AUGUGCGACAACGGCUUCGUCAACAUGAUCUACUACCCCAAUUGGCACGCCUACAAGGGCCAGACGCCUGCCAAGAUGGAGCUGAACCUGGUCACUCACGUCCUGUACUCCUUCAUUGGAGUCAACACGGACGGGUCUCUGCAGGCCAUUGACAGCCACGCCGACAAUGAUUUGGUGGUUGACGGCUCGCCGGGCGCUCUCAUGGCUUUGGCCAAGGUGAAGGCGGCAAACCCUGGUCUCAAGACCCUCAUCUCCGUUGGCGGUGCCAACAACAGCAGGGAGUUCCCCGUCAUGGCAGCAAGCGCCGAAGCCCGCACCCGCUUCGCAAAGGCAAUCCACGAGUUCGUCGACAAGUACCAGUUCAAUGGUGUCGACAUUGACUGGGAGCAUCCUACCGACCCGACCAUGGGGAGCAACUACAUUGCCCUCCUCGAAGCCGUCCGUGCCGAGAUGCCGGCAGGCAGGUAUCAGCUCACCUCAGCGCUCCCGCCGGCGCAGUGGACGCUGAGGAACUUUGACGCGAAGCGGGCGGCCGCUGUGCUCGACUACAUGAACCUCAUGUGCUACGACCUGACGGGUCCCUGGGCUUCCGUCUCUGGCAACCACGCCCAGCUCUUUGCCUCGUCAACGCUGGCUACCAAGGAUGCGGAGCUGAAGCUUGCUUGUUCAGACGGCGUCGAGUACCUGACGGCCAAUGGAUUCCCCAGCCGGAAGAUCGUCAUGGGAAUUCCCGUCUACGCGCGUACGUUCCCGUCGGCCAAGGGCCCUGGACAGAGCCCGACAGGCUCGGGCGAAAUGGACUACAGCGAGUUACCGCAGGAGUGGGUCGACAAGGCAUCCGUUGACGAGACGGCCAUCGCUGCUUCGUACGUCGACCCGGUGAACGGCUUCGUCACUUUCGACACGCCGAGAGUUGUGACACUCAAGGCGAACUACGCCAAGAUGAAGAAGCUUGGUGGCCUGAUGUACUGGACUGGUUCCGGCGACCGUUCAGGAAAAGACAGCCUGGUGCAAGCUGGAUGGAAUGCGUUAUACGGCAAGUGA